UUUUAUUUUUUUUAUUUUAUCAUUUUUAUUUUAAAUCCAUUCCUUAAUUUUUCUUUUUCGUUUUUCUAUUUUCUGCUCUGCAGUCCCGCAUCCUACAGAAGUCACUCCUUGUCCCUAUUAGUUCCUGUCGUCGGACUUUAUGCCUGUCCUCUUCACCUACUGGACGUUUUAAAAAUAUUGGAUCCCAUCUGCUGCAAAUAUACAUAUCAGUGAACUUCAGCUCUGGUCACUCUCUUUCACCUCUGAUCCACUGCAACUCUGCGCUCCUCAGCACUCCUCAGCAUUCUCCACAACCGCCUCGCCGUCCAGGCUUAAACUCUCUACAUUGCUCCUCCGACUGUUACCCUUUCACCGACCGUUUUGUCCUUCCUUGGAGUCAUUCCGACUCACCUCCCGCGGUCAUGAACUACAUCCACCAUCCAUACGCCUUCGCUGGCCAUCCUGGCGUGCCAAUGGAGCAACACCUUGGCUACGACCCGGCAAUGGUUCACCCUUCUAUGAUGCACCCAAUUGAUGGCUAUAUUUACGCCCAUCCUCCUUUCGACAUGGUCGACUAUUAUCACCAGCCUAUAAUGGAUUACGAAGAAUACGCCGAAAACCUCUCGCGGCCGAGAUUGACCAAAGAGCAGGUUGAAACCUUGGAGGCCCAGUUUCAGGCGCACCCGAAGCCCAGCAGCAAUGUCAAGCGCCAAUUAGCCGCCCAAACAAACCUUAGCCUUCCUCGUGUUGCUAACUGGUUCCAAAACCGACGAGCCAAGGCGAAGCAGCAGAAGCGACAGGAGGAAUACGAGCGCAUGCAAAAGGCAAAGGCGGAAGCCGAGGAGGCUGCCAAAGCCAAAACCGUGCCUUCGGACUUCCCGGAGUCUGCUGCCGAACCCAAUGAUGAGAAGGAGGAUAACGGCAAAGUUUCUACCCCCAAGCCGUCAAAACCAUCCACAUCUGGCAACCAGAAACAAACAUCUGCUGUCUCUGCCGGGUCAAAACACCAGCAGACACGUAGUGAGGCUUCCCGUGCCGCUAGUCUUGCCUCCCUACAGCGAGCCUUGGAUGCCGCUGCUGCAGCCCAGUAUAACCCUGAUGGCCGGGGUUUGACAAGUGUGGAGGGAUCGGUGUCUCCAACCACAUCUCUCCCAACGGACUCUGAUGCAUCCGUUUGGAACUCUGUAACAUCGGCCGGAGAAUUGUCCGUUCCUGGGUUCGACAACUCGCAACCUCUCUCUGACUAUCCUUCGACCAACGACGGGGCUACUGCUCCCUAUAACUCCAUGCAAUAUGCUCUGCAGGCUGAUGUGGACAUCGGGCAACGGGGGUCUUCGGAUGUGCUUUCUGACUCGCUCGAGGGCAUUGGGAUUACGGCUUCGCCUGGUCUCUCGCAGCUCGGUAACCGGACUGACCGGACUCCAGCUUGGAAGGAGGCGGGCAAGGAGCUUGAUCUUGCUGCCCGCAGAAAGCGACCAAGGCCUGCUGCGAUUGGCACGUCCAGAUCAACAUCCAUGCUCGCAGGGCCUCCGGCCAUGUCGCCAACGACGCGGGGGCAGAACUAUGGCAGUGUGAAGCACUCCAAGUCUGCACAGGGUCUUAGCUCGCGCUAUGCCGGUGUACGAAAGGCCUCUUCACAGCGUUCGCCCUUGAACAUGUCAACCUUUGGGGAGGCCGGAGUACUGAGCUCUGCAAAGACCGAGUUGUCAACAAUGUUGCAGCCGGUUACAACAAACUCGCUGGCUCCUCCAACGCCUUUGACGCCGGAGGACCUCCACCACCUGCUCCCCAACACGCCUUCUACCGAUAGUUAUUGUCUGUCGGCGCAGCCCACUAGCCACAUGUUCCCCACGACGCAACCCAUGCAUAUUAACAUUGCAUCGCCCCCAGCUACCCCAUUGGGCAUGGAAAUGAUUUCCCCAUACCAGUAUCAAGGGGUCGCGCCACCCAUGUCCGCACCGGCCCAUUUCACCUCAUUCGCGGACUAUGGGUGCGAGAAUGGCCUACCAGGGAGGGGCUGGGAGGCGACUUCGAUGCCGUCCCCUGAUGCCCCGUUCCCUAGCCAUUGUCCAAUGGACCUUGCCUCAAUAUCAUACGAGCAGGCUCUCGAGCAAAGCCACUCUGAAAGUGUAGCUUCGGGGUCUCCGUUCGGCGAGGCGGACAUGCAAGCUUCGGGGGACGCGAAGGCUACAGAGUUCCAUCUGUACGAGUUCCCGGACCAAGAAGAAGCUCACCGGUUCGUGGCUCAGCAGCUUCCGUCUCAGAAGCCCAAGGCGUAUACCUUUGCGGACAACCGAACCCCAACCAACUUCGGCUGACGAAUGAUAUUUACUGAAAUCUAUUCAACUGUACUCAUAAAAGGCUUUGCCAUAUAUACUGCUGGAUUAGUUUAUUUUUGGGAUUCCCGAGCAUUCUUGUGGGCUUCAAUUGGUGUUGAGGAUCGGUUAUUUUUUUGGUUUAAUUUCUGCAUGUUUUGGGAAGCGCCUGGGUUGGACAUAGGAUAGGAGACUUUCACGUAUAUUAACCUUACUAUAUUAAUACAUAAUUUCAACGAAUUACUUGACUUGG